GUCAAAGUGAUGUACAUCAGCCAACCUGCGCAGAUGUCCGAGUGCGCCGAAGCAACCAAGAAGCAGGGCAGAGUGACACUGGAGGUUAAGAUUUUACACGGUCGGGAUUUUUUCACCGCAACUUCAGGAUGCAGAUUUUGGGCUGAACUGCACAUAAACCAGCAAAACAGCACAGGCCUAAACAGAGAGCGAAAGCAAGAAAGAACAUAGAACUCAUCUGGUGUGUUGUAAAGGAAGAAAGCGGAACCAUUUGGACAACGUUUUAACCUGUACCAAAGAUAAAAGAAACAUCAUCGUUUUGUAACAUCCAGCAACAGUAAGGCCAACAAAAUACACGCAUAUCCUGGAACGGUUAAAAAUAUCACGAUACAACAGCAAACGUCAUUAGCUACUUCGAUUUGAAGUAGUGUGUAAAAGCUUCUGAACGCAGAGAAGUUUCCCAGCAUACAACGUUGGGUGUCGUGAAUUAGUUUUUUUUUUCGUUGGCAUCAAGUAAGUUUUCUGAACAGUCAACGUACGCAUCUUCGGCGUUCGGCUGAUUGUGGUACCAAUCCCAAAACACUUGCGUCAGUGAUUAUAUUACCGUGGUGGUGGAUACAACAGCGCGCAGUGUUAGAAAGGGACCAUUAGCAGUGUUUGUGGUGGUGGUGGUUGUUGUGAUUUUCUGAAGCUAAUAUGACGCUUGCUGAAAUGUACUCUUUCUCGACCAGUAAAUCCGGAGGAAGUGCGAACGGUAGCGGUAGUUCGCUAGUUUCGUCGGCGACUUCGUCUUCCGGUGGAUCAUCGGCAGCGUCUACUUCAUCGGUUGCUGGGGACGUGACGGUUUCCUCGACAACCGCUUCGAUUGGGUCGACUAUUCAAUCGAUGGUUGUGUCGGUGGCCGCUGCCUCACCGGAGUUGGUCGCUGGUGUAGUGGAACGUACGUCAGCCGGUGUACCAGCGGUAUCGAGCCCUGCGGUAUCGUCCACGACGCUUACGAGCUCUGCGGCUGUUGCGAUUUUACCACCAACCGCACCGAGCGUCGCCGUACCGGUGUCUCCUCGUUCGGAUCAACUCGUACCGAAGCUGAUCGGUGGUCCAUCGCCGAACAGCACUAGCAGCGUUUGCAGCAACGGUAGCAGUACCAGCAGCAGCAUGUUUCCGGAGGUUUUCAAGCUGGACGAUUUGUUGGAGUUGGACAACGUGGGCAAUAGUUCGAUGAGCGAAAAUGAUAGCUCCGGUGGCGAUUUUCAGCUCGAUAACAGUUCACUUUCCGAUUUGAUGGAGCAGGACUGCACUCUGUGCAAAAACAAAUUUACUUCACCCCGUGUGCUGUCCUGUUUGCAUGUGUUUUGCGAAAGCUGUCUGGAUAAGCUGUUGGCCGAUGGUUCCGGUGAAAAGAAUCUUGAGGGCGUGAAUGGUGGCACUACGAUUGUUUGCACCAUUUGCAAACAAUCCACUCCGAUCGGUCCGAAGGGUGCGGCUGGCCUUCAUCAGGAUUACAUUUUGAGCAACGUGCUUGAUUUGUCAACGAUCGAACCAGCGCAGCUAGCGUGCACCUCGUGCAAAAGCAAGGAGAUGGCCAUAUCGCGCUGCAAUGACUGUGCCAACUUUCUGUGCGACAGUUGCGAGUAUGCGCAUCAGCAUAUGCGCUGCUUCGAGGAUCACAAGGUUGUACAGCUGGACGAUUUGCGCAAAUCGUCCGAAAAGGUGGCCAUUCACAAGCCGCUCUACUGUUCGGUGCAUGCAACGGAAAAUUUGAAGUAUUACUGCUUCAACUGUUCAACGCCGGUAUGCAACGAAUGUUUGAUCGGUGACCACAAAGGGAAUGAUCAUACCUACCAUAUCAUCAGCGAGGCCGAAAAACCGAUGCGCCUGGAGCUGGAGUGUUCGAUGCGUGAAGCGAAGUCCAACAUCGAAUGCUGCAAUCAAGCGACCACUAAGCUGGAAUCGUCGCUUCACGAUUUACAGAGCCAGUACGAGACGGCACGUGGGCUUAUUAAUGAGUCAUUCCAGAGCUUUAAGGCGGUGCUGGAACAGUGCCGGGAGGAUGCGCUAAAGAAUUUGGAAAAGCUGCAUUCGGAGCGUGAGCUGAAAAUAAUGGAUCUGUACGAUAAUGUUGCGAAAUCGGUAGAGAAAAUCGAAGUCGCUACUAAGUACGCCCGGAAGGUGCUGGAUCAGGCCAACGGGCCGGAACUGUUGAGUCUGAAAAGUAUGAUAUGUGCCCAGCUGAACCAACUAACGGGCACUGCCCCGAAGGGUGACGUAAACUUUUCGAUCGAGUUUCAAAGCAACUACGAAAAAUUCGAACAGCUCGUACCGGAGCUGUUUGGGAAAUUUCGUACAGAAUCAUGCUUGCCGGCGAAAUUGAACGAAACCACACCAUCGCCCACGCUACCUGGCGUGCCGAUAAUGGUGUCCGAGGCGCACCAUCAAUCGGGAAAUGGGAAUUGUGGCCAGGGUCCACUGACUGCAUCUGUAACGGCUAGCAGUCCGAUUUCACUACCGACCUCCAUGCAAUCGUCCUUCGACGGGGACAUUACGAAUCUUGGCACUGCUUACAUGUUGCCUAAUGUGCUGACCCCAGAACCGGCGACCGGUGCGGGAACAAUUUCCGGCGCUUCUAAUGCCCUCAAUGGUGGCACACCCUCACCAGGUGUGGUCGUUGGUGCGGGACCACCGGCUCUUCCCGGUCUGUCGAGCAUUGCCGAGUAUAAUCUACAUCGUUUGGCAAAUUUGGCCGGUGAAUCAUCCUCGAACGAUAUGACCGAUUCGAUAGUGCCAGUGGUCAACAGCAAUCCGUCAACGGUACCAUCCGCUGGAGCGACACCGAACUUUACACUGGCGGACUUGAUUUCUGGCAACCAGCACGCGAUUCAGGCACUCGCCAAAUAUUCUUCCAUGGGCAGCCAAGAUAUGAGCAAUGGUGCAAUGCUAACGCCCCACCCGAGCCUGGACACUGUACCGAUGAUGAACGAUUUCCCCGGCGUACUGCCGGGCUCGACAUCUCCUAUCCUGCCCGUUCCACCGAACAUGCCGAAUAUUGAUGGUCCUGGCAUGAAUGGGGCUGGUGGCGAUAUGGCGAUGAGCCGCUUCCAGCCAUCGAUGUGUGUGAAUGGGCGUACAAAGGCCACGCCGAUGCAGAUACGAACGAAAUUCGGUUCGCUCGGGCAAACGAAGGGCCAGUUCAACUCGCCGCACGGCUUCUGUUUGGGCGUGGACGAGGAAAUCGUUGUGGCCGAUACGAACAAUCAUCGCAUCGAGAUAUUCGAAAAGAACGGUACAUUCAAGUUUUCGUUCGGCGUACCGGGCAAGGAGGAGGGUCAAUUGUUUUAUCCGCGCAAGGUAGCAGUCAUGCGCACCAGUGCCAAGUUUGUCGUGUGUGAUCGGGGCAACGAGCGUUCGCGGAUGCAAAUAUUUUCCAAAAACGGUCACUUCAUCAAAAAGAUCGCCAUCAGAUAUAUCGACAUUGUUGCCGGAUUGGCCGUUACAAACAAGGGCUUGAUUGUAGCAGUGGACAGCGUUUCACCGACCGUGUUUAUUAUAUGUGAGGAUGGAAAUCUGAUACACUGGUUCGACUGUAGCGACUUUAUGCGUGAACCAUCCGAUAUAGCAAUCAACGGAACGGAUUUUUUCGUGUGCGAUUUCAAGGGACAUUGCGUGGCCGUGUUCGCAGAAGAUGGUACGUUUAAGUAUCGUAUCGGUAGUGAGAAAAUUACCUGCUUCCCGAACGGUAUCGAUAUAUCCGAUGCUGGAGAUGUACUAAUUGGUGAUUCGCACGGUAAUCGCUUCCACGUGGCGUGCUAUUCUAAGGAUGGACACUUGCAGUCGGAGUUUGAGUGUCCGUACGUUAAGGUAUCUCGUUGCUGUGGACUAAAAAUCACCUCCGAGGGAUAUGUGGUAACUUUAGCCAAAAAUAACCAUCAUGUCCUUGUCUUGAAUACACUGUACAUUCAGUGAUCAAUAGCGGGCGCGAGAAUAUUGAAACCUAAUUACUAAGGUAUUUUGCAUACCUCUUCUUCCAAAAAAAAAAAAUGUUGAUCCUUUUGCACGUUAAUAUCCCCGCUUACCACGUGCGUGAGUAUCAUAUUCCUCUAUUCAUAUUUGUUAUGAUAUUCAUCCUUGCACGCCGUGUAUAACAAACAAGUGCAAGAAAGCAUUAGGACCCGGUGUGUGAAUUAAGCAAGAUCGGCGUGUACGACAUAACAACAAAAUAACAGGACUUUUCAUCCAAAGUCCUCCAAUUGGCAUACGCAACAAAUCCAAUAACGAUAAGAAGAUUGGAAUUCAUCGAGCUUUCGGGGCAUCAUUUUUAAUGCCGCGAUAUUGCUUAUUAGUACGUUUUCGAAUAAGCGAUUGAUUCGCCAUUAGCAGCUAAAUACCAUUCUCCAGAGCGGUUCACCUAUUUGCAGCAAAAGCAAGAAGCUUCGAUUUUAUGUUUCAACACGUUGGAAGAAUGAUAUUAUUAAUUUUUAGAUCAAUGAUUGUCAUUAAUUGAAUUAUUUGUGUUCAUCGUAGGCAGUGUUUGCGCAUCUGUAAUCUGUAUGUUAUAUUAUUCGAUAUUUAUUAUUUGAAGAUGACAACAAUAUAUGAUCUCUGUUCUUGUGUUUACAUCGAUGUAGCGAAACAUUGGCAACACUCAUGCGCAGGUUUACUAACCGUAUUUGGUUAAAACAUGAAACGUACUGUGGGGUUUCCUAACUGUAUAAGAACCGCCUCAACUAUAAUAUAUUUACAGCGUGAAAUAUGUGUAGAAGAAAUGAUUAUAUAUCGCAUAAGUCGUAACUUAGUGCACUGUCGGCGACCAUCCAUACACAACGAGCGUGCAUUACCGUAACACAACAAUAUUUCGCAUUUAUGCGCUCAAAAGUAUCUCUACGUUUAAUUACCGUUGCCGUACAAAAGGAAUUACACUUUUGGACAAGUCCAAACAUAGCAGCAUACUGUAAAUAGUAUAGAAAUGGCGGUGUUUUGUCUUUUUUCACUUGUUUAGAUAUGUUUAUCAGAUUCAACAUAAACGAAAUCCUUUCUGGUAUAUGCGAGCAAAGAAGAAAAGCUUCCAAAAAACAGCUCGAGAUGGUAAACUUGUCAUAGGAACUAUAAUUGGAACCUGAUGAUAUGAUGCAUGGUUUUAAAUAAUACAAAUCCAAUAAGGGAACUGUUCGUUGAAGAAAGAGAGAGGGGGAGAGAGUGUGUUGCGUAACAGAAAAAUUUUCAAAGUAUUGGAAAAAUGAAGUGUGUUAUUAUCGAUAUAUUUUUUGAAUGGAAAAUUACAAAUCAUAUACAAUGGGGGAUAACAGAAAACUAAUCACGACGAAAGUGAACGAGUGAGAGGAAAGAGAAAUUGAAUUGCUGACUUCUUUUUACACUUGAACAAAAGUCUAAACAGCAAUACAAUUUUUCCUAGCAGCCGAAUCGAAGAUAGAUUUUAAUAAGAAGGUACUGCACUGCACAGCACUGCAUACACCGCGAAGUCGUUGAGGAAAGCUAAAAAUAGUUCAGCAAAAAUGGAAUGGUACAGUUUUGCAAAACAAAAAAAAAUCGUUCCUCCUUAUUUUAUUAUUUACUGUUAAGAAUUUUAUGGUUGUGUUGUUGGCAGAUUUUUUCCGUUUUCCUGAUUCAAGUUCCAUGUUUCUUUUUCCUAGUUUAUAUAUUUGUCUUUUGCACUAAUAUUAAGGAUGGAAUGACGUAGUUUUAUCGUCAUUAGGUUAGUGCUGUAAAAAGAAACACAUAUAUUUUGUUUUUUAUAUUGCAACCCCCUUCUGUACGGGAUUUUUCCUGUAUGCUUUGUUUUUACUGAUACAGAAAGACAUUUUUUGUGAUUUUUUUUGUAGUUCUGUAAUAUUUUUAAUGUUCCGAUCGUUAAAACAGUCCACCAGUAAACGAUGUAUUUCUCUAUUCGAUAGAUUUUUCCCACCAACAAACCUCAGUCGAGACUAAAACUUACUGUGAAAUUGUAUCGGUUUCUAUGUUUUCAACUUAAACCUUCUAGCAGUAUUUGUCUCUAAUUGUUCAACUUUAUUGCUUGAGUUAUUUUGUUAGGUUUUGUAAAGACUACAGGCUUCUUUGCGCUUCUAAUGUCAAAUGAAUGUGUGUCCAACAAAAAUGUGACUGGCGAUAGGCCACUUUUAUUCACUUCACUUUGAACCAGUAAUGGUGGAAGGCCCAUAACUUAUGGGAUCAGUAAUUAUAAAAGACAUACUUUUUGUGCAUCUCCUUGUUGUAUCAGCAUGGUCCCUUCAAAUAUACAACCUUUUUGUAGCGUGCAAUAUACAAAUAUAAACUCUUUUAUUGUUGGUUUAGUUUGUUGUUAUGCCUUUUGCCAAAUAUCAUUCCACGAGGUAAACUUGUUUGGUUAACUUUCAUUGAAACUCGAGUAAGACUUGUCAAAGAAGUUUGAAUAUUUUUUUCUUCUUCUUUUGUCUAAUACUGUGCUAGGAUUUUCACUUAUGACAUUCAUAUUUAUAGGAAUGUCUGGAGAAUAAGAAGCAUAUCGUCUGUACAAACCCUUAACAACAGAACUCAGCAACAUUAUUUGAUACAUUUGUUUACAACAAAAUUCUGUUCCUUUGGAAUUUUAUCGAUAUUUAUCGGUGGAAAAAAUAGCUUAAGUUUAUUCUAUUGACCAAAUGGCUAUAAGCUUUUUUUCGUAGUAUGUCAUAAUAGAAAGCAUUAUAAUUUACUGUGUUUAAAACAACCUAAAUUUGAAAAAAAUGAAAGGGAAAUUUUCUUGAAUUUCCUCUAGCUCCUAUUCCAUUUCAAAAUGAAAUACGCGAUUUAUAUAAUCAGACACGAAAUUCAGCAUAUAUCUCUAAAAAACGGAGCAUUAAAGCUGCGGCACAGUUAAAUUAUUUGAAAUAAUUAUGCUUUCGUACAUCAUGCGAUAAGGCAAACCUAUUUUAAUAUUGCUACAUUGUUGUAUAUUGUUUCUGUGAAUCUCAGUUAAAAUUAUUUUUACAUGCAUUUUUUGUUUAGAUAUUUGUUUCAUUUAUGUGUGUGUUCCUGUGAAUGAAUCUCGAACAAGGUAUUGUUUUUGUGUUCAAUAUUGAAAUAAUGAAUUUUCCGAGCAUCGAAGCGAUGAUGGAAUGCAAUAUUUAGAUGCCAUAUUUUAGCAUAUUUUCAAAAAAGGGAUGAUAACAGUUUUAAAUUGUUGUUUGAAGUAUAAUGAUUUACAGCAAUUGGUUUCAAUCAAACAGUUGUAUAAAAUUAAUUUAAUUUCUUCGUGUGUCACAAUCGAAUUUUCCAAUGUAUGAUGUUCAAUAGAAAGCUUAUGAAGUUUGGUUAAUGGGAAACACUUUUUUUUAUUUAUACAAUGAAAAAUAUUUGAUAUUUAUCCUGUCAUAAACUGUGUGCAUUUGCAAUGUUUCUGAUGAAUGAUAUUAUUAAGCAUGUUUAAAAUACCAACCGUUCAAAAGACAAAUUAUUGGCUAAAGUUUGUAGUAAACAGAAAAGUUAGUAAAUGUCAUUAUAACUUAUAGAUAGCCAAACCAUGAAUUCAAUGGCUUCCGGUAAAAACAAAGCUAGAAGAGCAUUUUUUUGUUUUUGAACAAAAAAAUUAAAUAAAACAAACAAAAAGAAGUUAUACAUAAAAAGUCAUGGCAAAUGGCAACAAAAGAAAUUUCGCACGAAUGAAAAAAAAAGAAACAAAAUCAGUUUUUCAAUAAGGUGUAGAAAAAUCGAACCCAAAGCAAAAUAUUUUAUAAUUGAAACAAAAUAUUUUUUGCCUUACAUUUUACAUUUAUACAUCUAUUAAUAGAAAUAUUGCAACGAUUUUAGAACGAGCAGAAAGCGGAUGUGAAUGACGUUUUUCGCUCCCCCGAGUACUCACAGUAGAGAGCAAUUAGAGGAAAUACGAUCGGAAGUGUACUACCAGUACCGUACUAUACUAUCAAAUGACAGUAAGAUAUUUUAAUUUAAUUUUACCGACCGAAUACAUAAGGGGUGUGUGUGUUUGCGGAAAAAAUAACGUUUGGCGUACCUUGAAAAUAUGUACCACAUAAUUAUUCUAUUUAAUUGUCCUACAUAUGCAGUCCAAAUGGUUCAUACAAGUUAGGAUGAGUAGGUAUCAAAACAGAAGAAAAAUAAAGAAAACCCCAGCAAGUAGAGGAAAAACUCAUAAUCAAGUAAAGUAACAUUAACGUUCACAUCUCACGGAUACUAGAACUAAAACGAUUAAAGUUCCUUCUCAAAUCAAUAAAUUGAUCGUUCUGUGGAUCCAGCGAUGCAGUGGAAGUUAAUGUACCCGGAUCGGAUUUAGUUUUCUAAGCAAAUAGCAUAUAUUUUCCCACAUACAAAGAAGCAUCCUGCUGUGCUAUCCGGGUGUUUCUUUAGGCUGUCUAAUUUUUGGCUCGCCAAACGGUUUUACACAUCUAGAGAACGAUUUUCAACUACCGCGUUGAUGUGUACAGUCUGCAGUACUAAAGCAGUUCCUUAGCAGUUUUUGCAGCAUAGAUUAUAGAUUUUAGUGUAGGUUUUACGGCACAAAUAAAAGCUGAAAUUUGAUACGCUUUUACAGUUUUAAAUUUAACGUUUUAUUUACGCUUAGACUGUUUGUUUUAUCCAAAUUAGAUUAGGGAUUUAGGACGAUGUCAGAAUUUUGUAUUGAUGAUAAAGAUUAUUUUUAUCGUUUUAUUUUUUAUGAAGCUUGUGAGUUUUUUUACUGUUAUAUGUAUUUUUAUUAAUUUAGUGUUAUGUUUUUUUUUUUAAACCGUAGGAGAGUUGCGUAGCUUCGUUUUAUUGUACUCUCAAUCAAUUUGUGGUUGGAUAGCAAGCAAACAUCCCUUCUCAAAGUCAGUCUCAGUCAGUCAAUCAAGAUCGCUCGUACGCAUCGUAGAUCAGAAAAUCGGAAUAUGUAUAAUUGAAGAUGAAUCUACAUUAUGCGCUUAUAUUUAUAAUGAGCUUCUCACAUGUUAUAUUCAAGGUAACGAAAUUCCGAAAGCAAUUUACAGCAGGUGGUUGUUACGAAAGUCGGUAGAAACACGAGGCAUACAUAACAGUUUUAUGUCGAAAACUUUUCAUUUCUUUGUACAAUUCCAUACCGUUUCAUCAAUCGUUCUAUAUAGAAGAGAUAAAACCAUAUAUAGAGCAGACAUAAACACAUAUCAGCAUUGCAAAAUCCAUUGUAUGAAGUCAAUUUUUAACGAAAAAUCAACACAUUGUCCAAACGAAGACAAUUGAUUGGAUUUAUUAAUCGCAUAGUCCCGAUUCUUAACUUUCGUUACAUUUUUCGUUUGUCCAAUCCAAUCAAACUCUAUACAAUGUGUUUUAUUUUAAAGAACACGCAAAAAAAAAACAUUGCUCAGAAUGUCGUAAAUAGGGCGGGAUUAAAGUUGAAUGAAAGAGAACAGAUCACGAAAUAUUUUUGAUUCUGCCAUUUGGUGGUAAAAUCUGACAAAAAUAAACAUCCUGAAAUAUGUAACAGUACGGUGUUUUAAACAAGGCAAAAAAUAGAGACUAAUUUAACCAGUUAGUAAGUAAAAAUAAUCAAGCAACAUAGUGCCAUCAGUAGUAAAACAAAAACAAAAUAUUUUAUUGCGUUAAAAUUCCUUUUGGAAUCGUUAUUCUCAUUUAUCGCAUAACCAUUUGCGUUCGACGAUGGAAGCGUUCAAUGAACAAAACAAAUGCAAAAAAGAGAAGCAAACAAACAAAUAAUAUAAUAUACAUUAUGGAAUUAAUGUGAAAUUUAACAAACGAUAGUUUCAGAUAAAAUUUGAAAAAGAAAACCUCUUGCGCUAGAUAAAACAGGAAACGUCCGUAAACGUAGCGUGACGAACGACAAAUGUCGAAAACUUUAGAUUUUUAUUAUUGUUUCAUCGUGUACAUGUUUUGUUGUGGAACAAAAAAGAACAAAGCAAGGAAAAUCUUUCGAUGGUUGUAGAAAUGUUUCUUGUUUGAACCAAUUUUGUCGCAGUAGAUAUUAAGCUUUUUUACGUAUUUACAUAUAAUAUAUAUAUACAUGUAGGAUAAAAAUGCAAAUGGGUGAAGCAAAACCAUGGAUAAAGGUAAUCGGCAAACAUAUUAUAUUUUAUCUAAGCACACAGAAAUAGAUCGAACAAAGACACGUCAAAUCUUAUUCAAAACACCCUUUUUAACAGAGAUGAGAAGCCUUUUAAAUCGCACAUUUUGUAUCUAUUUAACAGUUUGAACGACGGGAACUAGAACUACUAGGAAUUAUGGCAUUAAUCAACGUGAAUCACACUCUGUUGCAGCUUGCUCUGUUAAUAACGUUGGCAAAGUUUUAAAGAUGUCUAAAACAUUUUCUAUCAUUUUUUGAAACAAAAAAAACCAUUUUGUUUUAGUAGCAUCACUUUCAAUUUUCUCUUCAUCACUGCUUGUGAUAGCAAUAUUUAUGUUCGCAAAUAUGUGUUUCGGUUUGAGGUAAUGAAAAUGUUAGAAUGAGCAGUUAUAAAUCUUUUUCUAGAGAACCACUUGGUAGACAGAAGUCUAAUAAACCAAGAGAAAUAAGAAAUUGGUUGGUUUUGCGUAAAAAUUUGAUCAAAAGGAUCGUUUGUUACAGUUUGAUUUGUUUUGUUAUUUAAUUUUUGCUUGGCUAAUAUGAAGUAUUUCACUUCAUUUGCAUUAUUUAAAGCUUUAACAGAACACAUUUCAAAACUAGCAUCUAGGUUGCACGUUUCAUAUUUAUUCGGUUUAACUGUACGAGUUAUCGAAUUACUGCUUUUUUUGAAUGCACUUCCUAUACAAAUGACAGUACAUCUAUUCGCAAGCGGCAAUGAAACUUUGAAACAAUUCGACCCACGUAUUUCAUUAGUUUUCUCCUAUUCCUCGUAUAAUUGAAAGGAACGUAUUGUUCGGAACUGAAUGCAAUCUUUUAGAAAUAAUAAAAUACCAUUACACAGUUAAUUAAAACACCCUUUCUCAAACAGAGCAACAAAAAAAAGAACUUCUAAAAAGUAAUGUCGAAAAAUCAUUAAAAAAAACCAGGGAGUCCUACUAUACAUGUACAUGGAAUAAAUACAAUUUGUAAAGUACAGUUCUAGCUUUAAAAACUAAAUCCAACAGCGAGUCUGCAGAAUUUUCUAUUUUUGUAGAUCGAUAUUGUGUAUAUGAAUUACAACAUAUAUACACAUACAUUUGUGUUACAUAUAAAUAUACUCCUUAUUGAAAACAAAAACAAACAAAAAUAUCGUCCUGAAUGAGAAGACCAGUCAGGUCUAAUAGCCAUGCAAGCUGCUAACAAAAAAAAAGAA